AUGGCUCAUUUGGGAGGGUUGCUGCCGAUGGAUCGCAAGUAUUGCAGCGCAACACUCGCUCUGCACAAGUGCUGGUGCUCCAGCAUGGUACCUGCUGUCAUCCCCUGCUGCAGGAGCUCCUCUGUAGCACAUCCUGCCUGGAUCACCGAGCCACUCACCCCCCAGAGGUGUCAACGGAUUAGCCACUGUCUCUGCUGCCCUGGCCCUGCACAGAAGAGGCUGAGCAGUUUGGGGAAAUCAGUGGGCUUAGGCAGCAAUGUCCCUGUGCUGGUGAGAGGGGAACAGGAUGGAUUUUAUUAUCGUGGUACAAUAAAAGAGGAGGCAGAGAAUGAAAGAGGCACGUUUCUGGUAGAGUUUGCCAAAGCACUCGUGUCAGGAGGAAGGCAUCCAGUGUGUGUGCAAAAAACAGCGAAGGAUGACAUCCUGGAAUAUGUGAAUGGGAUGAAGCACUCCUUAGUCCCUGGAGACAAAGUGCUGGCACCCUGGGAGCCAGAUAUGGUCAGGUACAGCCCAGGAAGUGUCCUCAUGGGCAUUGAAACAAGGGACCCCUUACGAGCCUCAGAAGAUGAAGAUGUUACGGUCCAGUUCUGGAAUGGAAAGAAAGUGAAACUCCCACGAGGUGUUGCCCUGUGGAUCCCUCCUAGGCUGUGGGAGAGGAUUGUAGAGAUGAUCCACAUGCCCUUCACCAGCAGGGUGAAGACCAGAGAAAGUCUCGACACCAAACCUUGUAUUUUAUCCUGCAGUCUUAAACCAGCCCUGAUUCCUGUUAGGGCUGUGCAUAGGCUUGCCAAGCAUUGCUUGCUCUGCUCACCCUGCUGGCCACACUUCCACUGUCACUGUGAUGGUGUAUGCUGUUCCUUAGCAUAUAAAAGACAGAACUGCUGCUACCAACACAGUGUUGAUACCUGGUGGCCUCUGCCAUCCAGAUCGGUGGCCUCUCAGGGUGAAACUGAACAAACAGAGUCCAGCAGCAAGCCCUCUCCAUGCCUUCUAGAACUGAAAGACCCAAACCAAGAAGCAGUAGCAGACGUGGCAGUGUCUCCCCACUAUUCUGAUUCAGAGCUGGACCUGAAGCCACUGUCCACUAAGAGCAGUGUGGUGGACAGUGUUGUUAACACAGGCUCUGUCUUUCUUGAGAAGCCCAGGAUAAAGGAUUCUGCAAGACCCAACGGGGAAUACUGGAAAAGAAGCCACCACAAGUCCCAUCCCAGUGAUUCAGGACUUCCCAGUUGCAGCAGCACAUGUGCAAAGGUUAAGAUGGAAUCCAAAGGCCUCUCUACUGGGAACAUGUCUGGUGUUGCUUCAGCUAAUCAAAGUGCACUGUUUGAAACAUUUGAGCAGUCUCCCAGAGGGCAGCUCUCAGUGGAAGAAAUUGCAAGGCACCAGGACUUGAAGCUGUUGUUGAGGGAAGAGGCAUCAGAAAAACAAAGAUAUAAAACAGCAAGAAAGGAAACAGAGUCAGAUGAUAAAUGUAGGGUAACUUGCAUAGGAAACAGCAAAAUGGAUGAUACAGACUAUGUCAGAAGAGGACAGACAGAAAAACUAACUGCACUCACUUGUGGCAAAGCAGAGAGAUGUGAUCCACCAGAAUUCAGUAAAUGUACAACUGAUAAAGUUCAGGAGCUGGAAUUUCAGGAAACAGUAGACAAUUCAGUCUACCCAACUGCCUACUGAAGAAGACAGCUGCCUGCUAGUCAGCCUAGGCAAGACCCUGAAAAGACACAGGACUUAAACUAUUGACACUUAUGUGCCUAUGCUGAAUACCUAACACAUAUUCAACCACCUUCUUGAAUUGGGGUCCUAGAUAGUGAAUUUGAAUUGCACUGCAUUUCUGUAUCAGAAUAACGAAAGUACAGAUAGGAGAGGUGCUCUAAAAUCAGUGCCAGCCCAUGGAAGCUAAUGUACAUUUACAUUCACACCACAUGGACCAUGCUCUCUCUGGUCAUGAAUAUGACAUGGACACUGUCUGAGGAUAAUAUAAAAGACACUGUCAUCACAAAGAGUAAAUUAUGUAUUUUAUUCCACUGAUU